UUUCGUGAACGCGCCGAGCGGUGCGCGUGCUAAAGUCAGCGCGCGCCCCCGCGCUCUCUCAGGUGAAUGCGUGCAGCAGUGUGUGUGGUCGGGAGUUAUGAGACUGUGAGUGUGUGUGUGUGUGUGAGUGUGUGUGUGUGUGAGGGGAACAUGCUGCUGCAGGAGGCUGUGCGCGCGGCGGCGGUGUGUGUGCUGCUCUGCUCCGGACACACGGUAUUUUUCGAAUGCGGAGCGAAGCUGGACGCCAUGGACGUGCAGGGUCUCAUUCUGUCCCCUGGUUUCCCUCAAAACUACUCGUCCGGCACGCACUGCGUCUGGCAGUUUUUCGUCCCGGCUGGUCAUCAGCUGACGAUGGAAAUGUUUGACUUUGAUGUUUAUGUGAGAUCAGAGAGGAACUGGACCACAUCAGGAGAUAUGAGUGAAGACGGUGAAGAACUUCCUACUGGAGAAUUCUCCAGGACUCCAGGACGCGUGUUUAAGGAACAGGAAGUGACAGAAAUCGGAGAAGGAUCACGAAGCGCCGAGCGCCUUUCUGCACCUCAGGUAUCAGACACUGAAGGAGAAGAAAAGAACUCCACUUUUCCUGCACCUUUAGAUGACGGCGACGACUCCGAGACCCUGCAGCUGCUGACAGACGCGUGUCCCGAUGACGUGCUGUACAUCACAGAUCUGAUGGUGUUUGCGUCUCGGUUUUGCGGGUCCAAGCGUCCGUCUGAUGAUCAGCUGGUGUUUGGGUCGGAUCUCGAGAAGGUUGAAGUGAUUAUGGAGCUCACCACCAGCACGCACCGCGGUCGAGGAUUCGCUCUGAUAUUCCGGUAUCACAAUCUGACGACCGGAGCGGCCGGCGAGGUCGGGGGUCAGAGGUCAUUGGCGCCUUCCCUUGGCGCGAUGGAGGCGCUGCUCGCCGCUCUUAGCCUAGCUGCUUUAUUUGCUACGAGUCUGAUGAUCGUUCUGUGCGUGACUCUGAGGCCAAAACUGUGUGCAAAAGAAUCCAAUGUGACCUCAUCCAUCAGCUCGAAGGUCCCAGGGCAAAACGUACACACUGAUGGCAGUGAACUUCAGCUGGUUAGUGCAGAUCACCCUGAACCAGAAGUCAACAAAAACAACAACACAACUUUACCGCACAAAGGUGACGUGCCUGAAUGCCGGCGUUCCCAAAAUACGGAGCUGGAGUGUUCUAAUGGCUUAUUGGAGAUGGAGCUGGGGCCAGAUGAAGUGUUUGUGAUCUCCAACACAGAAACCCCAUCAUUUUCUCCUCACAUGCACCGUGAACGUUUCCUGCAUCGCAGCGACACCGGAUCUCCGCAGCCUUCUGAUUGGAUGCCUCGCAGCGAGCCCUCCAAUUGGCCGAGUCACGGCAGCCAUGUUGGAUCGGCGCGUCCUCGAGCAUGGAGCGUCCGAACCUUUCACGACUUCCUGCUUCCUCUUCCUCAGUUAAACAGGAAGUGGUGCAGCUGGAAUCUAAUGAGCCCUUUCACCAAACUAGAUGUUUCUCCGGGUUCCGUGGUGGACGGCGGCGAUGGUUCGAGGGUUCUCUCGUCUCAGCGUCAGCGCCGCUACAACGAAUCGCAGCGAUCGCGCACGUGUCAGCAGAUCCCGGAGCCCAGUAGCGCCCUCUGUGACCUGGUGCAAGGAGUGGAAGGUAAAAUCUGCGAAUUCCCUCCUGAUGAUGACGACGAUGACCCCACUGCUCCCGUGUUCGUUAUUUCAGAAGAAGAAGACAGAGAGCCGCUGGUAUCAGGAGAACAUCAAAACCAAGGGAAAAGCAAGAAGAUCAGAAAUCGCGAGUCCUUUUCCUCAUUAAGCUCCGCCCAUUUGGCUGUUUUGAAGAGCACGUCCAGUAAGAUCCAGCUUCCCUGCUGAGUCAUGUGACCGUGCCAUGUGACUUUUAGGGAAGGACGUGUGAAGGAAUGAAACCGCGUCCUAGCGUACCGAGCAGCGUGUUAGCCGGGUAGUGUUAGCACACUAAUAAUAAGUAGCGCUAUUACGAGGCAGGUGAGAUUGAAGGAACGUCCGGCUGCAGUGUGGGUUUUUAUUUCAAAUGAUUUGGAUCGGUUUUCCACUCGGCGACUAGACUAGGGUUAACCGUCACAGCAGUCUCGCAGCUGAAGCUCCACAGUGUAGCUCAUUGAUUAAUACAUAUCCAAAUACGCCUUAUUACAUUUAUUCAAAUGUCAUAACUGUUUGAGACACACACAGGCGAAUACUGCACUUACAAACUGUGGUGAGGUGAGGAGCGACUCCGAGCCGAAGGUGUCCGAGUGCAGAGUAACUGAGUCAAAUAAAUGUUCUGAUUCUGGAUCGUAUGGCUGAGCGCCAGAGACAUGUGAGGAACGUGGAUGUAAUAUGGCAGUUACUGCUUUUCUCUCUUUCUGUGUGUGUGUGUGUGUGUGUGUGUGUACGUUAAUAUAGUCGUGCGUCUUUACAUAAAGCACAUUUUUAAUAGUCAUUAAAAAAAUGUAAAUGGUUGGUUUUCUGUAAAACAUACAAACAUCUGCAUGUGUGUACCAGUGAUAACUUUAUUAUGUAUUGUGUGUCUUUAAUAUUAUUAUUAUUAUUAUUAUUACAAUGCACAUGACUGACACCUUCUUCACCUGCCCCUCCUGCUCAUUAGAGUGUGUAAUUUCCUAUAUAUUAACGUGUUCUCUGGAGUAUUAAUGCGGCUCGAUAUUUCACUCUGCACAGCUGCAUUAUGUCUUUGUAAAUGUUAUGUUUAUGCAGCAACAUUAAUGUGAUGAUGAUGAUCUCCUGCAGGUGGUGCACUCUAAAGGGAAGAAAGAUUAUAUUGUUGUGACAAAAAAUAU